ACCAUAUCCCACAAGAAAGAGAGGAAAAAAAAUGAAAGAACCAAACAUUCCAAAAAACAAUACAAAACCAGAGCCAUGGUUGCAACAAUAUCACCACAACCAAGCUCACAGCUUCUCCACUUCAAAACCACUCACUCAACCUCUCUCCUCUCUCCCUUCCAAGUAUCCGUAUCCGACGCCAAGACACUCUGGUCAUGUCCCACCACCACCGGCAGCAGCAGGAGGCGGCAAGUGGCAGCAGCCGCCGGUGGUGUAAGGUGCAUGGCGGUGGGGGCAGCCCCGGAGGCGGAGACAAAGAAAAGGAGUAGGUUCGAGAUUCAGACACUAACAGGUUGGCUGUUGAAGCAAGAGCAGCAAGGGGUUAUAGAUGCAGAGCUGACAAUAGUGUUGUCGAGCAUUUCAAUGGCUUGUAAACAGAUUGGUUCGUUGGUGCAAAGGGCUAGCAUUUCUAACCUGACUGGAGUACAGGGCGCUGUCAAUGUCCAAGGGGAGGAUCAGAAGAAGCUUGAUGUCGUCUCCAAUGAGGUGUUCUCAAACUGUUUGAGGUCAAGUGGGAGGACAGGGAUUAUAGCAUCAGAGGAAGAGGAUGUCCCGGUGGCAGUGGAAGAGAGCUACUCAGGGAACUACAUUGUGGUGUUUGACCCUCUUGAUGGAUCCUCCAACAUCGAUGCAGCUGUGUCCACUGGCUCAAUCUUUGGAAUUUACACCCCGAAUGACGAGUGCCUUGCUGAUGUUGGUGAUGAUGCCACACUUGACAAUGUGAAACAGAGGUGCAUAGUCAAUGUAUGCCAACCAGGAAGCAAUCUUCUAGCAGCUGGCUACUGCAUGUACUCAAGCUCAGUCAUCUUUGUGCUCUCCAUAGGAAAAGGAGUGUUUGCAUUCACCUUGGACCCCAUGUAUGGGGAAUUUGUACUAACUCAGGAAAACAUCCAGAUACCGAAAUCUGGCAAAAUUUACUCUUUCAAUGAAGGAAACUACCAGUUGUGGGACGAUAAGCUGAAGAAGUACAUGGAUGACCUAAAGGACCCUGGCCCUAGCGGCAAGCCCUAUUCCUCUAGGUACAUUGGUAGUUUGGUUGGAGAUUUCCACCGGACUAUGCUUUAUGGUGGAAUCUACGGGUACCCUAGAGACAAGAAGAGCAAGAAUGGGAAGCUCAGGCUAUUGUAUGAGUGUGCACCGAUGAGCUAUUUGGCAGAGCAAGCUGGUGGCAAAGGAUCGGAUGGCCAUCAGAGAGUUCUUGACAUCCAGCCAACUGAGAUUCAUCAGCGUGUUCCACUUUACAUCGGAAGCGUGGACGAAGUGGAAAAAUUGGAGAAAUAUUUGGCAUGAUUCCAAUGCCUAUAGCAAGGAGAGUUUGAUUUUGGAUUUGAAUAUGUUUGGCAGCAGUUUCUCGAGAAAUACAAUAAGUUUUCAGUUA